UCUUUUUCUACAGGUUCAGCCACAUCUACAGGUUCCUCUUUAUCUGCCUCUGGUUCAAGUUCAGAAGUGUCAGGUACUGCUUCCUUGGUGCCUUCAGGUGCUUCUUCCUGAGAAGGUUCUUGUGUAGUUUCUUCUGGUUCUGCUUGAUCAACUACCUCUACUUCUUGAACUGGAACCUCAUCUAUAUCCCCACCAACAACUUCAGCUGGUUCUACCUCUGGUACUUCUGUCUCUGAGACCUUAUCUAACUCGCUCUCCUCGAUUUCUUCUAGUUCUGAAACUACCUCCAACUCUUCUUCCGGCUCUGACACCUCAGGUUCUGGAAUUUCUCCUACCUCUUCUUCUAUUGGCUCUAAAACUUCUACUUCUUCCUCUUCAGCAACUUCUUCCUCUGGUUCUUCUUCCUCUUCAGCUAUGUCCUCCUCUGGCUCUAAGUCCUCAGCUACUUCUUCUUCUUCUUUCUCUGGCUCUGAAACCUCGGCUACUUCUUCCUUCUCUGGUUCUGAAACCUCGGCUACUUCUUCUUCUUCUGGUUCUGAAACCUCAGCUACUUUUUCCUCCUCUGGUUCUGAAACCUCGGCUACUUCUUCCUCCUCUGGUUCUGAGACCUCGGCUACUUCUUCCUCCUCUGGUUCUGAAACCUCAGAUACUUCUUCUAAUUCUGGUUCUGAAACCUUGGCUACUUCUUCUGGUUCUGAAACCUCGGCUACUUCUUCCUUCUCUGGUUCUGAAACCUUGGCUACUUCUUCUUCCUCUGGUUCUAAAACCUCGGCUACUUCUUCCUCCUCUAUUUCUGAAACCUCGGCUACUUCAUCUUCUUCCUCUGGUUCUAAAACCUCGGCUACUUCUUCCUCCUCUAUUUCUGAAACCUCAGCUACUUCUUCUUUUUCCUCUGGUUCUAAGACCUCGGCUACUUCUUCCUCCUCUGGUUCUAAAACCUUGGCUACUUCUUCUUCCUCAACCUCUUCUUCUUCUGGUUCUGAAUCUGCCCCGACUUCUUCCUCCGUCUGUGAAACUACAGAUCCACUAUCUGCUCGGUGGAUGGCUGUCCUGUGA